UUUGGUCAGGUUGUGACCGUACAGACUGGCACCGCACUUCAUUUGAUGCUUGGGGUUGUUGUUGCUACUUCUUUGGUUUGCAAAGCCAUAUUUUGUGGUUGAAACUUGACACCAUUACCUACCAUAACAACUCUUGGUCUGUGACUUGUAAGUAUAUCUUGGAUAUUCAACUAAAGUUAUCUGAAGCUGUGGAACUUGUGCACUUGUUGCGCCUUCGUCUAUUCUGUAAUUGGGCACAGAAAAAUCAGGUGGUUCUGAUGGAUCAUGUUCCUCACUCUAUGGAAAUGCAAAUGAGAAUGGUUGGUCAUAUGUCAAACAAUCAAGAACACCAGCAAUUUUCAGUAUCAAAUGAACAUGUGGGUUUGGUAGAGCAGAUGUCUGGUAAUUCUGGGUAUAACACCUUAAUGAUUCCAAUUAAUACAGUGGGACAUGUUGGAUCUUCCGGUGCCAAUAUUGGGCUAAGUUCAAGUGGUAUGCAAAACCAACGUGCUCGUGAAAAUACAGUUGUGCCAAACAAUAUAGCAGGAUACAACCUGAACACAUCACUGCCAGUAAAAAGAAAGGCUGAGAUGGCACCUUUGGCGAACAUGUCUAAUUCUCUGCCUAACAAGUUCCCAGCGCAGAUGGGAACCAAUGCCAAUUGGCAUUUGUUGCCAUCAGGGCUGCAGAGUAGACCUGGACCAGCUCCACCGAAUUCAGGUUCUGGUGUACAGGUUCAAUCUGCAUUAAACAAGAAAAUUGCAUCAAAUGAAUCUGCACAUAAUAAACCUGUGGCGCAACGUGGACGCCCUCCCAAAAAACAAACCACCCAAAUUGAAUCAGCAACGAAGUCUCGGCCUGAGUCAUCUGAAGCAGUAAGGUCGAAAAUGAGAGAGAAUCUUGCAUCUGCAAUUGCUAUGGCAACUCAGAAGCAAGGCAGUAUUUUAAAUUCUGAGAAAGAUCAUAGUGACAUUACUAACACUCAACAGCUGUCAAGGAAUACCCAGGCUGUUCAAUCCAAUCCAGCUUUGAAUGGUCAUGAUACUGGGUCUGGUUCUCAGAAAGUGUCUAAAGAAAUAGUUGUGGGUGCAGCCAAUGAUCCAAAGAUGUAUUCUUCUGAGCUUCCAUCUAAUGGAAUUAGCAUGGAUGGUGGGCACACUUUUCAAGAAUUUCCAUACACUUCCAUUUUCCCUGAUGUGGAUGUACCAUUUAGUGAUAACUUUUUUGCAAAAGAUGAUCUCUUGCAAGGAAAUGGGCUUUCUUGGGCAUUUGAUUUUGAUAUGCAGAAGAGGGAGGGGGAGGAUCAAAAUGUUGCUGAUAAAGCUAAUCAACCAACUUUGAAGCCAGAGGAUUUGGCUUUCAAAAUUGAAGCUGAACUUUUUAAGCUAUUUGGUGGUGUAAACAAAAAGUACAAAGAAAAGGGCAGGUCCCUUUUGUUCAAUCUUAAGGAUCGAAAUAAUCCAGAAUUGAGGGAAAGAGUCAUGGCUGGUGAGAUACCUCCAGAAAAACUUUGUUCAAUGUCAGCAGAAGAGCUUGCUUCCAAGGAAUUAUCUGAGUGGCGCAUGACGAAAGCAGUAGAGCUGGCUCAAAUGGUAGUUUUGCCUGAUACUGAUGGUGAUAUGAGGCGUUUGGUGAAAAAAACACACAAGGGUGAGUAUCAAGUGGAGUUUGACCGUGAUGAUAGCAUUGUGGAAGAAGUUUCGGGUGGGACUUCAAUGGUAACAAGGCUUCAGCCAAAAAAGGAGACUGCAUCUCAUUCUGCAACCAAGGCAAAUCUUAAAGAUGAAGAGAAUACUUCAGUUCAGAAGAGUGUGUCGGAAAACCAGGAAUUUUCAGGUAGCCUGGUUAUUCCAACUGAUGGUGCAGAUUUGAUGCAAGGAAUGAUGGUGGAUGAAAUGAAGGAUGCUGAAUCGCUACCCCCAAUUGUUUCGCUGGAUGAGUUUAUGGAGUCCCUGAAUUCUGAACCUCCUUUUGCAAACUUAUCCGCAGAUGGAUUGCUGAAGACCUCAGAGACACAUGAAGAAAAGUCUAAUGUUGUGAAGAACACAUCCGCUCCUGCUUUAGACUCCCCUAAAGAUGAUUCCUCCAAAGAGGUUGAUGCUGUUAAGAAGCAUGACAUUGAUAUGACUUUUAAAUCCAGUAGAAGUCCCAAGCAGAGCAUUCUCUCGACUGUUGGAGUCAAGGAAGAAAAUAUUUGGGAGGGUGCACUUCAGUUGAGUGUAUCGUCAUCAGUGACUGUUUACUGUCAAUUUCGAAGUGGCGAGAAAACUUCUGUGAAGGAGUGGCCCACCUCUUUGGAGAUCAAGGGAAGAGUUAGACUCGAGGCAUUCGGCAAAUUUCUUCAAGAACUUCCUCUGUCUAGAACUCGUGCAGUCAUGGUUCUCCAAAUCGACUUGAAGGACAACUCCCCCGAGAAACAGUUGCGUGACUUCUCUGAGGCUGUAGAAUCCUACUCUGCAGAUGAACGGCUAGGAUACGCAGAACCAACGCCCGGCGUCGAGCUCUAUCUCUGCCCCCCGACAUCCAAAAUGACAGAAAUGCUCAACAAAUACUUGCCCAAACGUCGCCCCCUGCCGGAGCCGAGUAGUUCUACAGAAAAUGGACUAAUUGGUGUUGUUGUAUGGAGAAGAGCUCAUAUAAGCAGCAACAUUUCAUCAUCAUCAUCACCAUCACGUAAUUCAUCAUCACACAACAAACACAGCACCAAAAAGCAACAAUAUUCUUCUUCUACAUCUGCUCCUAAUAGGAUGAUGCAAAAUUCAUCUUCUACUACUACUUCUACUACUACUAAUGUGAAUGCCGUUAACGCUAUCGCUACCCCUUCUAGGCUGCCAUCCCGUCCGGCCUUUAACAACCCGUCGUUGUCGUCGUUGCAUCAUCCUCCUCCGCCACCGGAGGGUGACGACGAUGACGAUGUCCCUCCGGGAUUUGGGCCUGGUGCAAUAGCAGCAGCAGCAAGAAAAGAUGAUGAUGACUUGCCUGAAUUCAACUUUUCUAGUCAUUUAAACCCUCCUUCACAAAAUAUGAUGUUGACUCCUCAUGUAGAUCAGGUCAGGGAACUCAUUAAAAAAUAUGGCCAAAGUGGUGGCGCCGCCAUUGUUGGUGGUGGUGGUGGUGCUAGCACUCUUGCUGGCAUUGAGCCAUGGAAUGACGACGAUGAUGAUGAUAUACCCGAGUGGCGGCCGGAAGUGGGCCUCGGCCACCGUCCUAAUCAACAGCUGCCGCCUCGACGGCCUCCGCCGCCUGCCGGCAGCGGCGGGAGGUGGGUGCAACCUCCUCCUCAUGAGGGAAGAUGGAGACCUUAUUAAUUAUAAUAGAUGGCAGUUAAAGUCGAAGUUUUUGUAAAUAAAUUUUGUUUCAUUUGUUGCUUUUUUGGCAUUGUUAUGACCUUUUGUGUUUCUCUUAUCAUUAUGAGACUUUUUUUUUUAAACUUUUUGUUGUUGGGAUGAUACUUACUUUUUACCAGCAAAGUUAGUU